AUGGGAGUCACAGCAAGCCAGCCCAUCUACGCUGUCGAAGACAUACCUGGCAAGGGUAGAGGCCUAAUCGCAACAAAGGACAUCGCUAAGGGUACGCGAAUCAUCUCCGAGAAACCUAUCGUCUCAAUAAGCCAAUCCGGCGGAAAUAUUGAGCAACUGCAACUUUCUAUGCACCAACAAGUCAACUCUCUACGCGAAGCAGACAAACAAGAGUUCCUUUCUAUGAUGAACAUCUGCCCUUACAACAAUUCUACAGAGGAGUGGUUUGGCAUCGUUCGGACAAAUGCACUACCAAUGGGACCAGAUUUGGAUGCUGGAGGCGUCUUUCUCCACGCAUGCCGCAUCAACCACGCGUGCGACAACAAUGCAACGAACUUUUGGAACGAGAAUAUCAACCAGCUCACCAUCCAUGCUAUAAGAGAUAUACGCAAAGGAGAAGAAAUCACUAUAUCGUAUCUGAGUAGUCUCAGAAACCGUCAGGCACGACAGGAAGAGCUUCUUAAGAAUUUCAAGUUUACGUGCUCGUGCCGACUGUGCUCCUUGCCGCCGGACCAAAGCAGAGAUAGAGACGCAAAGCUGGAUCGGAUACACGAAAUAGAUGGCAUCAUCGAACAAGGCGGGAUCGAAGCGCUUGUAUCAGCGCCCCGACGCAUGCUCGGCUACGUCGAUGAGCAGAUCCAGCUGUGGAGCGACAUGAGCCCCAACGAGGUCGGCCUGGGGCGGGCAUAUCCCGACGCUUUUCAAAUCGCUAUCGCAAAUGGCGACUUCGCGAGGGCGCGAAUCUUCGCGGAGAAAGUAGUGGAUUUGUAUUUGACCACCCUUGGAAAGGACAGCCCGGACGUAGCUCAGUACAAAGAGCUAUUUCGAGACCCUACGACUCAUAAUUACUACGGUAUAUCGAUGAAGUGGAAGACGACCGUGGAAGACAUCCCGAUAGAAUUCGAUUCUCAGAUUUUCGAAGGUUGGCUUUGGAAGCGGAGGAAGCCAGUUACCGAAGGACAACUUGCGGAUUUUCGCGACCGUGAGACUUUCCCUAGCUUUGGCGGACUGCCGGACCAGAGCGGUUGUGAAUCGGAUUACUUCGAUUGCGGAGACAUCGCCACUCGUCGUCCGAUGCAUCACUGGUGCUUCCUGGCGGAGGUUCAGGAUGUCUUCGGUUUCAGUCCACUGCACGUAGUGGUCAAGGAUGUAAACGGCGUAGUUCUACCACUGUUGGUUCAUACCAGUUGUCCAGGUGAACAGAUCUCCCCGUCAAAGAUUCAAAAGGGAUAUACGCUUGCGAUACUGUACGCUGUGCGACGUAUCUCCCUAUUUAGGAAACCUUUUAUCCAUCUGGAGAAACCAAAGAUGGUGAAGGUAGGGUCUUCACGUCGCGAAAUGAGUCCAUCGCUGACAAAAACCUGCAGAUCUUUCCUUUACCACUUGACAGACUGCAAACUCUAA